CACUAUCAGGAAUUACACGUUGCGAAUUGUCAUUCGCUUAUAAGAAUUUGAUAAGAUUCUAUAAUUCGGAAAAUGUACAGUACACGUGUCGCAUAUUGUAGUUGAUAUAAAUCUUAGAUAUAUAUCAUUGUAAAAAAAUAUUAUACAAUUAAAAGUGUAUCAUAAGUUGCAUAAUAAUUUAUGUAUAAGAUGAGAGGCUUAUUAUUUGUGAGUCUAUUUUUGAUAAGCGUAUUUGCAGAGCCUAAUGAAAUCGAUCUAAAGCAUUUGAAAUGUUUAGUUUGCAGGGCAGCUAUGAAAGAAUUACAAGUUGAAGUAUCCAAAGCCAAUCCUAACAAAUUAAUUGAAGUAGGUAGUUAUAGGAUGGAUGCUGAGGGAAAUACUAAACACAAAAUGGUUCCAUUAAGCCGAUCAGAAGUAUACAUCUUGGAUUUGUUGGAUGAUAUCUGUGAGAAAAUGACAGACUAUGUGAGAGCAAGAAAGAAAUCUAACAAUCAAUUGACAAUAUUAAAUCUUAUAUCUUUACCGGGUAUGAUGAAUCCUCGGAUGGGGGAAGUAGACAUAAUUCAAGAUGGUGAUUUAAAUAAGAGUCUAGAGCAUUACUGCAGAUUUAUAGUUGAGGAAUUUGAAGAAGAUAUAUUAUCAUUAUAUGUUAAUGAUAUACGCAAUAAAAAAGAGAAGCUUUGCACAGAGAUUUCAAAUAUCUGUAACGAAAAUUACAUUGAUGAUGAUGAUGAUGAUAAUGAUUAUGAUUAUGAUGAGAGAGAUUCUAAUCAUGAGAGUGAUUCUAAUCAUGAUAUUACUAAUACUGAUUAUGACGAGGAUAGAGAUGAAUUAUAAAUGCAUUUAGAACAAUUUCGAGCAAGUGUGGAAAUAUUAUUUAUAUGUGUAAGUGAAUUAAGAAAAUAUGUAGAAAUUCUCAAAGAUAUUAGAUUAGAUGGUCAACCAAUUAAAUGGUUUUUGUUUUGUAAACAAUUCCGUGCAUGAAAUACAUAAAUAUUUUACAUUUUACUAUUAAACU